AUGUCCGGUAUUAUAGAAGCCUCUUCAGCUUUGAGGAAAAGAAAACAUUUGAAAAGAGGGAUCAAUUUCACAGUAAUGGUAGUUGGCCAAUCUGGCUGUGGUAGAUCUACUUUCAUAAAUACAUUAUGUGGUCAACAAGUCGUUGAUGUUUCUACCAUGGUAUUGUUACCCACAGAUACAUCUACAGAAAUCCCAUUACAAUUGAGAGAGGAAACAGUGGAAUUAGAAGAUGAUGAAGGUGUCAAGAUUCAAUUGAAUAUCAUUGAUACACCUGGUUUUGGUGAUUCCUUAGAUAACUCCCCAUCUUUUGAAAUUAUAUCAGAUUAUGUUCGUCAUCGAUACGAUGAAAUUUUAUUAGAAGAAAGUCGAGUCAGAAGAAACCCACGUUUCAAAGAUGGUAGAGUUCAUUGUUGUCUUUAUUUAAUUACUCCAUGUGGUCGUGGAUUAAAGGAAAUUGAUGUGGAAUUUAUGAAACAACUAGGUUCUUUAGUUAAUAUUAUUCCAGUUAUUUGUAAAUCUGAUUCGUUAACACCUGAAGAAUUGAAAUUAAAUAAAACUUUGAUCAUGGAUGAUAUUGAUAGAUUCAAGUUACCAAUUUAUAAUUUCCCUUUUGAUGAAGAAGAAGUGACUCAAGAUGAUUAUGAAACCAAUAUGUAUUUACGUUCUCUUUUACCAUUUUCCAUUAUUGGUUCUAACGAAGUUUAUGAUAUGGGUAAUGAUUUAAUAAUUCGUGGGAGAAAGUACCCAUGGGGUAUGCUCGACGUAGAGGACGCAAACAUUUCAGAUUUUGUUAUUUUAAGAAAUGCCCUGUUAAUUUCCCAUUUACACGACUUGAAAGAUUAUACACAUGAAAUACUAUACGAACGUUAUAGAACUGAAGCCCUUUCUGGUGAAUCUGUACUAUUCGGUGGUAAUAGUAAGGAUGUAGAUCAACGUCUAGAUGAUGAUAAUAAUAAUAAUAAUAUCAAUGCUACUUUGACAUCUCCAAAAGUACCCACCAGUGAAAUGCUUAAUGAGAAAGCUAAUGGUACUAAUCUUAAUGAAAGAGUAUCUAAUACUCAAGAUACUUAUUUAGCUCGUGAAGAACAAAUAAGGUUAGAAGAAGAAAGAUUAAAAGCAUUCGAAGAAAGAGUACAACAAGAACUAUUAUUAAAGAGACAAGAAUUAUUAGAUAGAGAAAGGGAACUAAGAGAAAUUGAGGAAAGAUUGGAAAAGGAAGCAAUGUUGAAAAGACAAGAACAAGAAGAACAAAAUUUAAAUGAAGAAUUGAGUGAUCUUGCUGAUAAUUAA